CACUUUUGCCACUUUCAGUAGCUGAAGCGGGAGAAGCGGGAGAAGCGGCAGCUGAACCAGUAGCAGAACCUGUCGCCGCAGAAACAGCGGCAGCUGUCGGUGUAGAAGCAACAGUUCCUGUCGGUGUGGAGCUACCUGAAGGAGUGUCACUUGGAGCAGCGGGUGUAGCUGGAGAUUGUUCUCCUCCAGGUGUAGUUGAAGGUUCUACCGCAUUAGAAGCAGUUCUUUCAGGAUUAUAG